AUGGUUGCUGGACCAGUGAGUACAUCGCUUUGCUGCCCGCCGACGCCUUGACUGGCAGCUUCGGCACAGAGCAGUAGGCUGAGCAAAAUGUUUGUAUAGAAGAGACCAACCGCCGGCGGCGGUGGCCUGAAAGGCGCCCCAGGCAAGAAGGGCCAGAAGGUGACCAAGAAGGUACCGCAAGACCCCCUGAUCAUCCCUCUCCAUGUGUACAUGGACGUCUGCUGAUGGCGCUGGUCUGUCUUACAGUUCAUCAUCAACGCGACCCAGCCCACCCAAGACCGCAUCUUCGACCCAUCCGCCUUCGCUACCUUCCUGCAGCAGCGCAUCAAGGUCGAGGGCCGCACCGGUAACCUCGGCGACAACAUCGUCGUCAACAACCUCGGCGACGGCAAGAUCGAGGUCGUUGCCCACCAGGACUUCUCCGGCCGCUACCUCAAGUACUUGACCAAGAAGUUCCUCAAGAAGCAGCAGCUGCGCGACUGGCUCCGUGUCGUCAGCACCAGCAAGGGCGAGUACAGCUUGAAGUUCUUCAACGUUGUUGGCGAGGGUGAGGACGAGGACGAUGACUAG